GUUAACGUCCUCUUCCACGUGAUCCCGGAGAGCCCGCGAGGGGCCAAUAGGAGCGCGCAGAGCUCUCAGGCGGAACAGCUGCUGGAUCCUGUCUACCCAAGCCCUGGGGUCCCGCAGGGAGGCGCUGAUUGCCAGCUGUUGCUGCACCUGGGCUUGCGCCAGCUGCCCUACCAUCGUGACAGAGUGACACUGCCCCCCAUCCAGUGAGUACCCCUGCCACAGGUAUUUUUACAGAUUUAUUGAUACAUAGGAGAAUGGCCUUGUGACUAAAGUAGAGGACAAGGAAUUGGAAGAACUAAGUUCUGUUCCCUGCUCUACCUUGCACUUCCUGUGUAACCCUUGGCUGGAAGCACAUUUGUGAUUGACAUUAUAAAUGUGCAUGAAGUAAUGAAAAAUAUUGCCCAGUAGGUGCAUUGAAAAGUUUCUUUUCCAUCCCUCUCUUGGAGUAGGAGAGAAAAAGGGAGGCCUUUCUUAAGAUAAAGAUCAUCAGCAAUCCCUAGCUUGUCCUUGUUCAUGGGAAUUGGUCACUUGGUUUCUGAAUGCAGUCCGACCCUGCGAAGUAUGAAGCAGAGAUGCCUUCCCUGUUAUGGGGGUUGAAUCCUGUCUUUUCUGCAUUUGCAAGACUCUACAUUAAGGAUAUAAAGGAAAUGAAAGAAUCUAAGCAGGUUCCAGGUAUAUUCUUUUAUAAUGGACAUCCAAUAAGACAGGUGGAUGUUGUUGGGACAGUGGUUCUAAUAAAAGAACGAGAUGCCUUCUAUAACUAUGGAGUGGAUGACAGUACUGGGGUCAUAAACUGCAUCUGCUGGAAAAAUCCCAGGGAAGCAGAAAAGCCUCUGUCAGGACUAGACACAUCUUGCAGCAGUGAUCUAGUUGAACAGAUGAAGAAGCUCCAGGAAGAGGUGCUCCAGAAAACCAAGCUGGAAAUUGGGGAUGUUGUCAAGGUCCGAGGUCAUAUCCGAAUCUACAGAGAGCAGCGAGAAAUUCAGGCCUCCAUCUAUUAUAAAGUGGAUGAUCCUAUGUGUGAGGUUCAGAUUUCAAGAAUGUUGGAGCUCCCAUGCCUCUAUAGAGAAGUUUAUGAUAAGCCUUUCCAAAUCCCAGAGGAUGCACAGAGUGCCCCAGGUGGUCUGAACCUUAGAAGCUCAAUUGACUUGCUGGGCGAGAAAGUGAAAGACUUCUUAUUGGAGAACAGAAUUCAGACCUUUUACCAACAGGAGCUGGAAACAGUUGAUGAUUUGGUGUCAUUGGCCAGUCAGCCUGUGUCCAGGACUGACUCUAAGCAGAUAGAUUCAAAAAGUGAACCCAGCUCCAAACUGAUUCACAAUGCGUUCAAGGAGGCAAUAAAGGUGCUGCAGGAAAAAGGAGUGGUUUUCCAGAAAUCAAAUAGUCCCGAGGAUGUAUAUCAUGUGACUGACCAGGAUAAGGAGUUACACAACGUGACCCUUCAUGUUGUCAAAGCAGAUUGUCGAAAACCCAAGCAUGCUGAAAAGGGCUGCCAUUUUCUUCACAUCUUGUGUUGUGUUCGCCAGAGCUACAGUCCUUAUCUAAGUGAAAUGGUGAUGCAUCAUGUCCUGAACCUGCUGGAGAGAAACAGUGAUAUUGUCAGCACCAUGGAAGGAUACUACAUGGCUUUCUGAAAAGAAGAAAUAAGAUGCAGGACAUCUGUUUGUGCAUGGUGCAGGCGGAAUAAAAUUUAACCCAGUAACCACAUUGCCAGAAAGAGUAGAAAGGACUCAACGAUGACACUGAAAAGCUAAAUUGGAGAAGGAAAAUGGAAUGUUGACUCAGAAAUGCUAUUGGUUCCAUCUGACUCUGAUUCCUUGAAAAAAUACACACCGCAUGCUUUGCUUUAAAGCCCCUGCUGAUUUCUGCUACUCCAGGAAUUAAAAUAUACAGGGAUCAUUACACAGUGAAAGUUGUUGUACAGGACUGAUCCCACAGCAUCCAAAUAUCACAGUCUGCUAGGUGCAAGCUACCUGAAGAAGUGAACAUUCUGAAUACAAUCAUGGUUCUUCCUGAUAUGCUUCUCUUUCUCCAACCAUAGCACUUCCAAGUGGAUCUUUAUGUGCAUAUGCUCUACCAGCCCUAUGUUGCUACUAACGAGACCAUUGGUUGUAGUAGUAGUCUCAGCUGGAGUCAUAUUUGGGCUUAAAGAGGGUAGUGUUGUGACCUGUCUCCAUGUGAGUGAUAUGCUUUCUAAUACAUGUUCUCUUAGUAGAUCUGUCUCCCUUUUAAAAUGUGUGUUGUAAAGACCAGUGGAAGGCACUUUCUGAUACCUUGCAUGCACUGUAUGUAGCCAUCAUUUCAUCAGUGCCAGCAUGAUCUUAUGCGCAUUUCCCCAGUGUGCAUGUCCAACCUGAGGGGGGUUUGGGGAGCAGCAGCCAGCUGGGACGUAAAGGUAAUAUGUCUCCUAAGAGCAUACUUACCUCCUCUUACCUCCCCAUAAGGAACAAUCUAGCCCAUUGCUUGUAAAGCGUGUUUGGAGCCUUCCAGAUAUUAAUGCAAGUUCUUGUUGAUUAAUUUGGACCCAAAUUAAGCUCCUGUUCUCACAAAUCAGCCAUUACUUCAUUGUUUUUGUAAAUAGCGCUCAACAUGACAAAUACUGAACCAGGAAACAAAAGUUCAUGGAAAAGAGCAUGCCAAAACCACGAGACUGGUGCAAUUCACUGACUUCCCAUCUCCCCUCUUUUCGCUUGCUCUGCAUCCUUGCCACAGUUAGGAAGGCCAGUAUCACCUCUUUGUGCUUGGAUGGGGACUGAAAUUUGUGGAAUGACAUUGAAAUAAAGCCAGCAUUGACUAAACUAAUGGAUAAGACAUUUGACCAAGAAUAAUUAAAACUCAUAUGUAUGCCCAGAUCAAUGCCUAUUGCUGCUCAGCGUUUAAACCUACAGGACUGGUUCCUUGAGGCUUGCUCUAACUAAUCUGUUCCGUUAAUGGAGGACUAUGUCUUUAACUUGGAAUGAGUAAAAAGGGCUGCUUGCGUCUUUCCUCUGUCUCCCACUUGAAAUUGCAAUCUCCCCAGAGCUACAUUUAGCAGUAAAGCCCUGUAAGGAUCAGCACAGCAGAGAAAAAUAAACCAUAUAUUUGUACUUGGAGAGCCAACAAGUGGUGUGUGUGUGUCUUGGUUUGGUGUUAUAUUAUGAUACGCCUUGUUCUGAAAUGUGACUGAAGUGGGAUACAGGCAAACAGAAAGGCAUGAUGAAACAUGUGGCAUUUGCAUUCAGAUGUCUAUAGAAAAAUCAGCUUUAGAGGGUGGAGCCCACACCCUCAGUUCUCUCUCCCCAGAUAACCAAUCCAAAGUUAUG